GCAAACAUUAUAAUAAACGAAUUCUCAGGUGAGAAGUUAAGAAAAUUGCUCACAAAGUGAUGGUUCUUAUAAACUUAUUUACGUUACUUCUUUGUUAUAUCUUUACUGAUUCAGUGUCUUCGGCGGAACAACCAAAUGUGAUAGUUAUUGUAGCUGAUGACCUCGGAUGGAAUGACGUUGGUUUUCAUGGAAGUGAUCAGAUCCCUACACCAAACAUUGAUGCAUUAGCUUAUAAUGGAAUUAUUUUGAAUAGUCAUUAUGUUCAUUCUACUAGUACGCCAACAAGAACAGCACUUCUAACAGGAAAAUAUCCUAUGCGUUUAGGUUUACAAGGAACUUCUUUUUUGCCUGCUGAUAAAAGAUCUUUACCUGACGGAAAGUUGUUACCUGAAUAUUUCAAGGAAUUAGGGUACUCGACUUAUCUGGUCGGAAAAUGGCACUUGGGGUAUUCGAAAUGGAAUGAUACCCCACAAUUCAGAGGAUUUGAUCAUCAUUUUGGAUUCUAUAAUAGCUAUACCAGUUACUACGACUAUUUAACAACUUGGAAAUUUGGCGAUAAAGAAUACACUGGAUUUGAUUUGCGGAACGAUGGAAAAUUAGCAUACGAAGAAAGUGGCAAAUAUGCUACGGACCUCUUUACGGAUUUUACAGUCAAAACUAUCACGGAACAAGACAGUACUAAGCCGUUUUUUAUUAUGUUGUCCCAUUUAGCAGUUCAUGCUGGUAACGAUGGGAAACUUUUAGAAGCUCCUCAAGAAACUAUUAAUAAGUUCACUUAUAUUGUUGAUUCAAAUAGGAGAACUUACGCAGCGAUGGUCUCAAAACUGGACGACAGUAUUGGAGCAAUAGUUGAAGCUUUAGAUAACAAAAAGAUGUUAACAAAUACUGUCAUAGUAUUCAUUAGUGACAAUGGGGCUCCUACAGUUGCACCACAAUUUAGAAAUUGGGGAAGUAACGCUCCUCUAAGAGGCGUGAAAAAUACUUUAUUCGAAGGUGGGAUCCGGAGUGUUGGAUUUAUUUAUAGUCCCCUAUUGGUACAAUCGGCAAGGGUAUCUACUGAUUUAAUACAUGUUACCGAUUGGCUUCCCACUUUGUUUUCGGCGGCUGGAGGAGACAUUGGUAUUUUGGAUCCAGAACUUGAUGGAAUUGAUCAAUGGUCUAGUUUGGUUUAUGAUCUGCCAUCUCCACGAAACGACAUUCUGUUGAAUAUUGAUGAAAAGACGAGAAAUGCUGCGCUUAGAUUUUAUAAUUGGAAACUAGUAGUAGGUGGCAUUCAAAAUGAAACAUUGGGUGCGUACUAUGGAGUAGAUGUACUGGUUAAUACCGAAGAGCAAAUCUAUAACUUAGAAGCAGUAAUAAACAGUCCUGCAGGAAUAAUUGCUAAUAAAAUAAACUAUAGUCCAUUGAGUCCCGAAGAAUACGAAAAUCUCAGAUCGGCAGCUACAAUAACUUGCAAGUCGAAAAAGAAUCCAUGUGAUCCUGUAGGUGGAUCAUAUUGCUUAUAUGACAUUCCAAGUGACCCUUGCGAGGAAAAUGAUUUGGCUAAAUUUUUCCCAAGUGUAGUAAGACAGAUGAAACGAGCACUAGUUAAUUAUAGAACUAGUCUGAUAAGUCAACUUGAAGAAGAAACAGAUAUAGAUAAUGCAGAUCCAAAAUUGUUCAAAUAUACUUGGAAUCCAUGGUCAGAAUGUACAAAACCUGACUGUCAGUCACCACUUGAUAAUUCUAAAUAAUAAUUAUGCCAUAUAAGGUUACUACUAGUAUUUUUUUGUAAGAAAAAAAUGUCAGUUAUUUAGUAUUAGAAUAAUAAAAAAAUGCAUAUGUAAAAAA